AUGUUCGAGCUCAUCAUCACCGCCGACAAGGGCUACGGCCUCUUCGCAACCCAAGACAUCAAGCGAGGAACCCGCAUCAUCGCCGAGGAACCCAUGCUCGUCCUUCCCUCCGAUGUCAACACGUCCAGCCUGUACACCUACCUCGACAAGCUCACGCCGGACCAACAUGCCCAACUCUCCGACCUCGCCUCCACCAAGCACGUCGCCCCGCCGACUCUGAAGCAAAGCAUCCGCCAGAGAUUGCAGGCUAAGUACAGCGGUGCUGCCCUGGAUGCCGCCGUCGAAGACAGCCUCAAGAUGCACUGCACCUUCCUGACUAACACCGUGUACAUGGGUCCGGAUGUUUGUUUCGGCAUGGGAAUCUUCCUCAACUACAGCCACAUGAAUCACUCCUGUCGCCGGAACGUCCACAACUCGUACAAUCCGACCAUUGGCAAGGAGACGGUCCAUGCCAUUCGAGACAUCAAGGCCGGCGAUGAACUCCUCACGUCGUACAUCCAUACGGGUCUUCUGAUCAAAGAGGACCGGCAGAAGAUGCUUGCCGAGCACUGGGGUUUCGACUGCCGAUGCGAGGUGUGCGAUGGCCCAGAUGCGGCCGAGUGCGAGCAGCGGAGAGAGCGUCUGCAGCGUAUUGGGGAGGGGCUGGCGGUUUACGAGCGGCAUGAUCGCAUCCUGACCAAUUUCGCGCCGCAUCCGGUUCCAAAGGACGAUGCUCAGGCAUUGGCUUGGUUGGAAGAGUCGGUCGGUCUGCUUAAGGAGGAGGGGUUGGCGGAACAUAAUCUGGUCCAUGCCUACCGCCAGUGCUCGGAAUACGCGCUCAAGCUCGGCCAGGCUGCCAAAGCCAUGGCCUACGCCCGGAAAGAGCUGGAGGUUGAGCGGGUUUGCCUCGGCGACGAGACCGAUCACAUGGAAGAGGGAAUGGAGGGUGCGAAGUUCUGGAUCCGGCAUCUGGAGAAGAUGAGCGAGCAGGAGGCUGUCAAGGAUCGGAUGAAUCAGAAGCGGGAGGCGAAGGAGCAGAAGAAGAACGAUAAGAAAGCGGCGAAGAAAGCUGCGAAGGGGAAGAAGUGA